ACGCUGUACUCCGUCCUGAAGGACUUCAGGGGGGAACAUACGGACUUUGAGGCCCUCGCCUCUUAUUACGCUCAGUAUUUAACAGAAAUGUGUUUUUCCUGCAGAACAUCACUACCGGGUCGAAUACAGCGAGAACAUCGUCCUAAAGCACUUCCUUCUUACGUGCGAAGUGGACCCGAGGAUGAGGGCCAAGGAGAACAUUAUCCUGUACUGGAAAAUGCUCAACUCACUGGAAGUGAUCAAGAGGGAAUAUGCCGCCCUCAGGAAGUCUGCCAAGCUGCCUCCUGUAAGUGUCACUAGAUCAUCCAACUCGAGUCCAAAACCGGAGGCAGCAACUUGAGUAUCUGCGGCUGGAGAAUGCAUAAUCCUAACUGUCUCCUUUCUUUCCCCUUUGCUCCUAUCCUUGUGCCUCCCAUGCGCUCACAGACCAUCAACCAACACCUUAACCAGCUGCACAACGAGUUUGUGAGAGAGCAGAAGCUACAGGAAGCUGCUGGUAAGAAACAAAGUCCUGCAGCUGAAGAAGAGGAGGAGGAUGAUGGAGCCCCUGCAGCAGCAGCAGAAGAGGAAGCCGCUCCUGGAGAAGAAGAAGAGGAAGCUCCAAUAAAGAAAAAGAGGAAAGCGCUCCCGCUGAAGAUAAGCAACUUCGAGAAGAAGACGGAGGCGCAGUCUCCUGCAGGGGAAGAAGAACAGGUAGGACCUCCUGAAGAAAACAAAGAGAAAACUCCUGUAGCGGAGGAGAAAGAAGAGGGAGCGGAUGGAGAAGAAGAAGCUCCUGAGGUGGAAGAGAUCAUCAAAGAUCCUCCGGUGGUGGAGAGGCCAACCCUGCGAAAACAGCUUAGGAAGGCCAUCAUGAAGAGGCUCCGGAGACAUUCCACCCAAAGACUCAACUGCUGCUGCCGACCCAACACCAUGGCCUAA